UUAUAGCGCGGCGCGGCGGCAGCGCGGGCAGAGCCCAGCCGGCGGUACCGGUACCCUGGACAGCGCCGCCGCCAUGGAGCAUCUGAAAGCUUUUGAUCGGGAAGUAAAUGAAUUUGUGGACUAUAUGUUUGGACCUCGAGAUGCCAGGGUUAGAGGAUGGUUCCUUUUGGAUUCCUACCUUCCCACAUUUUUCCUAACUGGAGCAUACCUCCUCUGCAUAUGGCUGGGCAACAAGCUCAUGAAGAACAGGCCCCCUUUUUCUCUCAGGGCUCACCUCAUUGUAUAUAACCUGGGGAUUACCCUGCUCUCCUUGUACAUGCUUAUAGAGCUCAUUCUUGCCACAUGGGAAGGAGGCUACAAUUUGCAGUGCCAGAACCUCCACAGCGCAGGGGAGGCUGAUAUUCGGGUAGCCAAGGUGCUGUGGUGGUAUUAUUUUUCCAAAGUAAUUGAAUUCAUGGACACUAUCUUCUUUGUACUGAGAAAGAAAAGCACCCAGAUCACCUUCCUUCAUGUGUAUCACCAUGCCACUAUGUUUAACAUUUGGUGGUGUGUUCUGAAUUGGAUACCUUGUGGGCAAAGUUUCUUUGGACCCACUUUAAAUAGCUUUAUCCAUGUGCUUAUGUAUUCUUAUUAUGGACUGUCUGUCAUCCCUUCCAUGCGCAAGUAUCUCUGGUGGAAGAAAUACCUCACUCAGGCACAAUUGAUCCAGUUUCUGCUGACAAUAGUGCACACGCUCAGUGCAGCUGUGAAGCCCUGUGGAUUCCCAUUUGGGUGCCUCAUGUUCCAGUCCUCCUAUAUGGCCACACUGGUCAUUCUCUUCAUAAACUUCUACAUUAAGACAUACCGAAAAGCACCUUCAAGAACAGCUAUAAAGGAAACUCCUGUCACAACAGAAACCAAGAAUGGUUUCCAUAAGGACUACUUUGCUGCUGCCAAUGGUCUCCUGAACAACAAGAAAGCACAAUAAAUCCAGACUGGACAGAAAGGCUGAAUCAGGUAUGUUUUACAUUCUUCAGAGCUGUCUUAACAUCUUCAAAAUGCUGCAACUUUGAAGAAAGAGAAGCAUUGACUUUUUAAACUGAUUUUCCUGUAAAAUAUGACACUAUAAAUAAACAAAUUUUA